AUGGCAAACGAAAUGGAUGAGUGGCUUAAUGCAUAUAACUUUGACAACGAUUAUAUGCCUGCGGGUAUAACCAACGAACCCAGUCCAAAUCUCCAAAACCAAGCAUCUCAAGCAACAACAGGAGCGCCGUGGGUUGCGCCAAAGGUUGGAAGAGCACCGCCUCAGACAGCAGGGAUAGAUCCCGACGAUAGCCAGGAGGAAGAGCUAUCUGAUGAAAGUGAGACUGAAAACAAACUCCUAGAGGAACGUGUCAGGUCUCUCGAAGAAAGUUUAUACAAAUAUCGCAAAGGCAACCUUCGAAUGAACAACAGAAUUAGGGAAUUGCCAUCCAGGCGUACGCUAAAGAUUCUACAAGCCAAACUUAGCGAAAUGUCCAAGAACAUUGAGGGCCUACAGUCCAAAUUUCCCGAGAUCUACGCUAAGGAUAAGACCAGAGAUUUGCAGCAUACACAGUUGUCUGGAAAGGUUGAAAAUCUGCAGGUCUGGGCUAGCGACAUGAAGGAGACUUUGGACAAGGCCGUCAAUGCAAUGAAGUAUAUGCGGGGCGAGAACGAAAACACAGUUGCGUCAAAUCGCCAAAGGAACAACCACCGAAUCCGUCGGAGUAGGGCAGUGUGAAAGUUUGGUCUCAGGAACUGUGAUUAUUUCCUUGUGUAUACGUGUUCUGACAAGUUCGGACACUUUGCAUGUAAACGCAAUUGAUUACAUUAGCG